GAAACAAAAGGCAGCAGAAGUUGUCGUAGACUUGGAUGGGUCUUCAGACGAAAACGCAACUGUUAUUUCGCUUUUAAAUAGCUUGCCAAUUCCCUAUCACUUAUUUGACGGGGACGGCAAUUUUACGUAUACUCCAAAUCUAGGGCUAGACUUCUUCGUGCCAGAGAGUGAGUGUAUGACUAGUAGAGUCAUUAGUGUAGCGACAAGUAGUAGUAGCUCGUGUAUUGGAAUUUGUGAUUUUCCUUACUUCUUUUCUGAUGUACCGUCAUUUUUCAUCUAUCUUUAUCUUACUAUCUGCAUGCUUUUUCUGCAGAAAUGGCCUCCCCCAAUGUUUUCGACUUAUACCAGACUCAGGAUGAGGAGGAGGUUCCCCUGGUCCGACGGAGGAAAUCGGCCAGGAGACACGAUGACGAAUCUAGCCAAGCACCCUCGGCCAAGAAGGGUCGAGCAGCUGAUCCUUCCAAGGAUGGGCCCUCUGGCCAACCUUCUUCUCAACCACCUGCUACUGCUGAGAAGGAAGUCCCGCCUACCGCCAUAAACCCUUCGCUUGCGGUUCAAAAAGAACAGGCCCAGCAAGACGAACUUCCUGGGGCCAGACUCUCGAUCUGUUCCCUGCGAUCAACAAAAGAUCGCCUUGCUCAUAUCCUGAAGCAUGACCAUUGCAGGGAGGCAAUGGUCGAGGCUGAGAACAUGGGGGUCGAUCAGAUCCUCAACAGGGCUCUUAACGAAGAGGCCAGUGCCAUGCUGACAAUGAUCGCGGCUCAUACUCGUGCUAGCACUAGCAUCGAGCAGUCUCGGGUGAAGGUCAUCGAGGAGCUUCAAGCCACAGAGGCUAGGCAUGCUGGGGAGUUGGAAAUAGUCACCCAGCAGAAGGAUGCCUUGGUGGCAAAACUGGCAGAGAAGCAAGCUUCUCAGGAAACUCUCCAGAAGCAGAGGGAUGACUACCUGGAGUCCAGCCGAAUCCAAUGGUGUGAAGUCAAGAAACUUAGGGAGGAGCAUCUCGCUAAGGACGUGACCAUUGCUGUUCUUAAAAGCCAGGUGGAACAGCUUAAGCUCACCAAUGCCAAGGACAUGGGGAGGUAUAAGAACGCAACACUUCGGUGUUUCUAUGAUUUUUGGAAACACAACCAAAGUGCCGAUUUCAGCUACCUCCCAGAAGACGCUAGGAAGGCCGAGCUGGCCCGCUGCACUGCUCGGUUAGCUGCCAAAGAGAGAGCUAGGGUCCCUGCUUCCCCAAGCAUUCAGCCAGCCGCCGAAGUGGAGGGAGGAGAAGCUGGAGAGGACGUGGUCGAUCAAAAUGCUCCAACGGAUCCUCUUGCUCCUCAAGCUCCUUAGAGUUUUUUGUUCUUUUACUUUUCUUUAAUUACACGACCUAUGGGUCGUGAUGUAAAGACUAUGAUUUUUCUUUGGUUUUGCUGCAUGGGCAGCAUAUUUUUCUUUUACAUUUGAACAAUUACAUCCAAGCAGUACUGCUUGCGGUGUAAAAGAAUUCCCUUUGAUAUUAUAAUAUUUCUGCUUAUUAUAA